UCAAUACGAAACUCAUGCUGAAGCAGUGCGUGUGCCACAGAUCAGCUAGCAAGCAGAGAGAAAGCUAAAAACACUGUGGUUUCUUCAGCACGUUGACAGUUUUCUUACUGAGAUCAUCACAGAGUUGGGUUAUAUCGCAGCCGCCGAGUCUAUCAUGGUCGGUGUCAAAGUGAUCGGGAGCGACCCGGAUUUUCAGCCGGAGUUAGCGGCCGCCGGCUCUAGGCUAGCCGUGGUCAAGUUCACGAUGGCUGGGUGUCAGCCGUGUAUCAGAAUAGCUCCAGCUUUCAACGCAUUGAGUAACAAAUACCCACAAGUCGUCUUCCUGGAAGUAGAUGUUCACGUCUGUCAGGCCACAGCGGCAGCCAACAACAUCUCAGCCACGCCCACAUUCCUGUUUUUCCGGAACCGGGUCCGAGUGGAUCAGUACCAGGGGGCAGAUGCUGCAGGUCUGGAGGAGAAGAUCAAACAGCACACAGAGAAUGAUCCUGGAAAUGAAGACUCGGACAUUCCAAAGGGAUAUAUGGAUCUCAUGCCUUUUGUCAACAAAGCCGGCUGUGAGUGCCUCAAUGAGAGCGAUGACUUUGGCUUUGAUAACUGCUUAAUAAAAGACUCUUCGCAUCUGGAGUCUGACUGUGAUGAACAGCUGCUGAUAACCAUCGCCUUCAACCAGCCUGUGAAGCUGUUCUCCAUGAAGCUACAGUCCUCAGACUUUGCUCAGGCCCCGAAGGUGAUGAAGAUAUUUACCAACCUUCCGCAGUCGAUGGGUUUUGACGACGCAGAGCGAAGUGAAGCCACACAGAUGCUGGAGCUGACAGAAGACGACUACAAAGACGAGGGUUUGAUUCCACUGCGCUAUGUCAAGUUCCAGAACGUACAGAGCGUCACGGUGUUUGUUAAGUCAAACCAGGGAGACGAGGAGACGACGAAAAUUAACUACUUGACUUUUAUUGGCACUCCAGUUCAGGCCACCAACAUGAGCCAAUUCAAAAGGAUUGUGGGGAAGAAAGGAGAGAGUCACUGAGCAGCAGGAAGCAGAGGAAAAAUUAGACUGCAGAUAACACCUCGCUCUGCCAAAAGCGCUGCGGCACUCACGCACACUGAGAGAAUCCUCCGACUACGCAGCAAAGCAAAACUAGUCUGACAAGUCACUGUAAAUAAAACAAUCCUUUUUC